AUGGAGGUCCAAAGCAGUGGUGGUGGUCACUCUUCUUUCUCCAGUCUCGGCGUUUACCUUAACUCUCUCUCCGCCACUCCUUCCCGGUUAGCUCGCCGCGCGAUUUCUGUCUCCACGUCUUCCGACGAGAUGAGCAGAGUCCGCGCCGUCUCCGGCGAACAGAUGCGUCGAACUCUCCGGUGGUACGAUCUCAUUGGACUCGGAAUCGGAGGAAUGGUCGGCGCAGGAGUUUUCGUAACCACCGGCCGUGCAAGUCGUCUCUACGCCGGUCCAUCAAUCGUCGUCUCUUACGCAAUCGCCGGACUCUGCGCUCUUCUCUCCGCUUUCUGUUACACGGAAUUCGCCGUACAUCUCCCCGUCGCCGGCGGUGCUUUCAGCUACAUCCGUAUCACAUUCGGCGAAUUUCCUGCAUUCUUCACCGGAGCGAAUCUGAUAAUGGACUAUGUAAUGUCAAACGCGGCAGUUUCUAGAAGCUUCACGGCUUAUUUAGGAACAGCUUUCGGAAUCUCAACAUCGAAGUGGAGAUUCGUCGUCUCCGGUUUACCGGAUGGAUUCAACGAGAUAGAUCCAGUCGCUGUUCUCGUAGUACUCGCAAUCACCGUCGUAAUCUGUUGCAGUACAAGAGAAAGCUCGAAAGUGAACAUGAUUAUGACUGCAUUUCACAUCGCGUUCAUAAUCUUCGUGAUCGUGAUGGGAUUUUUAAAAGGAAAUCGGAAGAAUCUAUCGUCGCCGGCGAAUCCAGAGCAGCAUCCGUCGGGUUUUUUCCCGUUUGGUGCUGCCGGGGUUUUCAACGGAGCAGCCAUGGUUUACUUAAGCUAUAUAGGAUACGACGCCGUUUCAACGAUGGCGGAAGAAGUUAAAAAUCCGGUUAAAGAUAUCCCGGUGGGUGUCUCUGGCUCCGUCGCGAUCGUCACCGUUCUCUACUGCCUCAUGGCCGUGUCAAUGUCAAUGCUUCUCCAAUACGAUCAGAUAGAUACGGAGGCGCCGUUUUCGGCGGCUUUCAGAGGAUCCAACGGUUGGGGAUGGGUGACGAAAGUGGUGGGGAUAGGAGCGAGUUUUGGGAUAUUAACAUCACUUUUGGUGGCGAUGUUAGGUCAAGCUCGGUACAUGUGUGUGAUCGGACGGUCGAGAGUGGUCCCGGUUUGGUUCGCUAAGAUUCAUCACAAAACAUCUACACCGGUCAACGCCUCCACUUUUCUUGGCAUUUUCACGGCGGCUCUUGCCCUCUUCACCGACCUUAACGUCCUCUUAAACCUAGUAUCAAUCGGUACAUUAUUCGUCUUCUACAUGGUCGCGAACGCACUUAUUUUCAGGCGUUACGUUCCGACCGGACCAACCAAACCAUGGCCAACACUCUCAUUCCUCACACUAUUCUCCAUAACAUCACUCGUCUUUACACUCGUAUGGAAACUUGCGCCACAAGGCAAGCUUAAAGCUUUCUUGCUCGGUGCCACCGCGGUGGUGGCUAUAGCCGUCGUGCUGAUUUUCCAUUGCGUGGUCCCUCAGGCGAAUAAACCCGAGUUAUGGGGAGUCCCGUUCAUGCCGUGGACCCCGUGCGUGUCGAUUUUUUUGAAUAUUUUCUUGCUAGGUUCGUUGGACGCACCUUCUUACGUCCGGUUCGGGUUCUUCUCCGGUUUGAUCGUGCUCGUGUACUUGUUUUAUGGCGUUCAUGCGAGCUCUGAUGCUGAAGCGGAUGGGUAUAUUGGUGUGAAAGAUGGACAAGUCAUGAAAGAACUAACCGAAGUGUGA